AUUCUACUCAGCUUGUUUGUUGCUGUUAUUUUGGACAACUUGGAACUCGAUGAAGAUCUAAAGAAACUUAAACAACUAAAGCAAAGUGAAGCUAAUGCAGAUACAAAAGAGAAACUUCCAUUACGUCUACGCAUCUUUGAAAAAUUUCCAAACAGGCCACAAAUGGUGAAAAUCUCCAAGCUUCCUUCAGAUUUCACAGUUCCAAAAAUAAGGGAGAGUUUUAUGAAGCAGUUUAUUGAUCGCCAGCAACAAGAUACCAGCUGUUUGCUGCGAAGACUUCCUUCAGCAUCUUCUUCCUCAUGUGAUCAUUCUAAAAGAUCAGCAAUUGAAGAAAACAAAUAUAUUGAUCAAAAGCUCCGUAAAUCAGUUUUCAGCAUCAGAGCAAGAAACCUUCUGGAAAAAGAAACAGCAAUCAAUAAAAUUCUAAGGGCCUGCACUAGGCAACGCAUGCUGAGCGGAUCAUUUGAGGGGCAGCCAGCAAAGGAAAGGUCAAUACUUAGUGUCCAGCAUCAUAUACGACAAGAACGCAGGUCACUGAGACAUGGUUCCAACAGCCAGCGAAUCAGCAGAGGAAAAUCUCUUGAAACGUUGACUCAAGAUCACUCCAACACAGUGAGAUACAGAAAUGCACAGAGAGAAGACAGUGAGAUAAAGAUGAUCCAAGAAAAAAAGGAACAAGCUGAAAUGAAAAGGAAAGUCCAGGAGGAGGAGCUGCGAGAGAAUCACCCAUAUUUUGAUAAACCCCUGUUCAUAGUUGGUCGUGAGCACAGAUUCAGGAAUUUCUGCCGAGUGGUGGUACGAGCUCGCUUUAAUGCUUCUAAAACAGAUCCUGUUACUGGAGCUGUGAAAAAUACCAAAUACCAUCAACUUUAUGACUUGCUGGGUUUGGUUACUUACCUGGACUGGGUCAUGAUCAUUGUUACUAUAUGCUCCUGUAUUUCCAUGAUGUUCGAAUCCCCUUUUAGAAGAGUUAUGCAUGCUCCAACGCUCCAGAUUGCUGAAUAUGUUUUUGUAAUAUUCAUGAGCAUUGAGCUUAAUCUGAAGAUUAUGGCAGAUGGCUUGUUUUUUACACCAACAGCUGUCAUUAGGGACUUUGGAGGCGUUAUGGACAUAUUUAUAUAUCUUGUGAGUUUGAUAUUCCUGUGCUGGAUGCCUCAGAAUGUCCCUGCCAAAUCUGGAGCUCAGCUCUUAAUGGUACUCCGCUGCCUCCGACCUCUUCGAAUUUUCAAACUGGUCCCUCAGAUGAGAAAAGUGGUGCGAGAGCUGUUUAGUGGCUUUAAGGAAAUUUUUUUGGUUUCUAUUCUUUUGCUGACUUUAAUGCUUGUUUUUGCAAGCUUUGGAGUGCAGCUAUUUGCUGGAAAACUGGCUAAAUGCAAUGAUCCUCACAUCAUCUCUAGGGAAGAUUGUCAUGGCAUCUUCAGAAUAAAUGUAAGUGUUUCCAAAAAUCUCAAUUUAAAGUUAAGACCUGGAGAGAAAAAGCCUGGAUUUUGGGUGCCACGAGUUUGGGCCAAUCCUCGGAAUUUUAAUUUUGACAAUGUGGGCAAUGCAAUGCUGGCACUAUUCGAAGUUCUAUCAUUAAAAGGCUGGGUGGAAGUCAGAGAUGUUAUUAUUCAUCGAGUUGGGCCGAUCCAUGGAAUCUACAUUCAUGUUUUUGUAUUUCUUGGCUGCAUGAUUGGACUGACCCUUUUUGUUGGAGUUGUCAUCGCUAAUUUUAAUGAAAACAAGGGGACAGCUUUACUGACUGUAGAUCAGAGACGAUGGGAAGAUUUGAAAAGCAGACUGAAGAUAGCGCAACCUCUUCAUCUCCCACCUCGUCCGGAUAACGAUGGCUUUAGAGCUAAGAUGUAUGAUAUAACUCAGCAUCCAUUUUUUAAGAGAACUAUUGCUGUACUUGUUCUGGCACAGUCUGUGUUGUUAUCAGUUAAGUGGGAUGCUGCAGAUCCAGUGACUGUACCUUUAGCAACAAUGUCUGUUGUUUUCACCUUCAUUUUUGUCCUCGAGGUCACAAUGAAGAUUAUUGCCAUGUCACCUUCUGGCUUCUGGCAAAGCAGAAGAAAUCGGUAUGACCUCCUGGUGACAUCUCUUGGAGUUAUAUGGGUGAUACUUCACUUUGCCUUACUGAAUGCGUACACAUACAUGAUGGGGGCAUGUGUAAUUGUCUUCAGGUUUUUCUCAAUUUGUGGAAAGCACGUGACAUUAAAAAUGUUGCUCCUGACUGUGGUUGUCAGCAUGUACAAGAGUUUCUUCAUCAUAGUGGGAAUGUUCUUACUGCUUCUUUGUUAUGCUUUUGCUGGAGUGGUUUUAUUUGGUACAGUGAAAUAUGGAGAGAACAUUAACAGACAUGCAAAUUUUUCAUCAGCUGGCAAGGCUAUUACUGUACUCUUCAGAAUAGUUACUGGAGAAGACUGGAACAAAAUUAUGCAUGACUGCAUGGUUCAGCCUCCAUUUUGUACACCAGAUAACAGCACCUACUGGAAAACAGACUGUGGAAAUUAUGCUGGUGCUCUUAUGUAUUUCUGUUCUUUCUAUGUCAUCAUAGCAUACAUCAUGCUAAAUUUGCUUGUUGCUAUCAUUGUGGAGAAUUUCUCAUUGUUUUACUCAACCGAAGAAGACCAACUUCUAAGUUAUAAUGAUCUUCGGCAUUUUCAAAUUAUAUGGAACAUGGUUGAUGACAAAAGAGAGGGGGUAAUCCCUACCUUCCGAGUGAAAUUUCUGCUGAGGCUUCUGCGAGGCAGGCUGGAGGUGGAUCUCGACAAGGACAAGCUGCUUUUCAAGCACAUGUGCUAUGAAAUGGAGCGGCUCCAUAAUGGUGGUGAUGUCACUUUUCAUGAUGUGCUCAGCAUGCUUUCAUAUAGGUCUGUUGAUAUCAGAAAAAGUCUUCAACUGGAAGAGCUUCUUGCUAGGGAACAACUGGAAUAUACCAUAGAAGAGGAGGUGGCCAAACAGACAAUACGCAUGUGGCUGAAGAAGUGCUUGAAGCGAAUCAGAGCAAAACAACAGCAGUCGUGCAGCAUUAUCCAUAGUCUACGAGAGAGUCAACAGCAGGAGUUGAGCCGAUUUCUGAAUCCUCCCAGCAUUGAGACAACACAGCCAAGUGAAGAUAUGAAUGCUAUUAAUCAAGAUAACAGUGCACAGCCAGAGACGAGUAGCCAGCAGCAGCUCCUUAGCCCCACACUUUCUGACAGAGGUGGCUAUCGACAAGACUCUGGAGAUGCUGGGAAACCUCAGCGUAAAUUUGGACAGUGGCGCUUGCCAUCAGCCCCCAAACCACUAAGCCAUUCAGUGUCUUCAGUCAACCUCCGUUUUGGUGGACGCUCGACUGUGAAAUCUGUUGCAUGCAAAAUGAAUCCCAUGUCUGAUGCUGCUUCUUGUGGAUCAGAAGUCAAGAAAUGGUGGACAAGACAAUUAACUGUGGAGAGUGAUGAGAGUGGAGAGGACCUUCUUGACAUCUGAGAAACAUUUAAGUCAUACUACAACAACAACAACCACAUCAAGUACAGUCUAAUUUCCUAUGCUUAGAAUAAAGACACUGUGUGAUGUAUGAUUUCUUUAAAACCAAUGUCAUAAAUCUUUUUGUAUGCUUCUCUUUCUGCCAUAUGAAGCAUAGCACACACUUAGAUGUUAGAAUUGACCUCUAUAGGUACUAACUGUACUUUAAGAAACCUGUAUAUUAUAGCAGCACUAACAAAGCCAGAAAGACUGUAUUGCCUUUAGCAGACAGAGUAUUGAAAGAUUUCAUGUGGUCUGUAGAAUCAUAGUGAAAAUAUAUUUUGAUAUACACACCUCUGUGUUUUUCUUCAACUUGUGCUAUACUUUAAAGUGGCGACACUUUACAAUACAGGGGUAAUGUAUUUUAUCUUGUGUUUUCACUCAGUUCUUAUUUAAUAACUUUACUUUAGAAAGAUUUUAUUAUUCACAAAUGACCUGAAGAGGUCAGCACUGACUUCAUGUUCAAGGGAAGUAUUUUUACAAAGUACAGAUUCUGAAUUGCAAUUCUAAGCUUUUUCUGGACCUUUUUUUAAAAUAUGCAAGAUACAGGAUAAUUCAUUUUAAAAUCAGAAGGUGAAGGAUUGGCUUUUAAUAUGUAAAUAUAUUUGAGGUUCAGUUAAUUAUGCAAAGAGCUUGAUUUUCAUAGAGAAAACAGGAAAAAAAAAAAGAAAAAAAUACAUGAAAACUGUGCAUUUAAGCAUCCAGCAAAAGUCCUCCACACAAAAAACAUGGGUUUAUGCUUCAUUUGGAGAAUAUACUGGCUACAUGUAUGUAUGGAGUCAUUAUUCUCCUGUUAAUUGAGUCCCAUUUCCUUGUGCAGUUGUAAAAUAAUUUUCUUCUCGUCUGUGAUAAAAAUUAGCAUGUUGGGGAUUCUAAUUACAGAAUGGUAUUGUAUGUCUUUAAAAAUACGUUCAGUUUUGCCUAUAUAGGUCGAAGCGUUACCCACAUUACUACUCAUGCUACAGCCCUGCAAAGCUAAGGCAUGACAUGUACUGCGGUUAAGUACCUUUAUCCCUUUUAUCCCAAUGCAUCAUAUUUUGACAUGUUAGCCUUCAUUUCUUUUAUGAACCACUAAUAGUGCUACAUUAUGAAAAAGCACCCAUUGCUUUCAUAAAAGUUUUUCCAGUGAAAGGCCAAUGCUAUACAGAUAUGGAGGCGGAGAACAAAAGCCACAAAAUGCAACAGCAUUUGUUAGUUUCAGAAUUUAGGACUGUCAAAAAAUGUGGGGUAAAAAUGUGCCCUUCCCUCAGGGAGGAACUAAGAGUUUGCAGAUUUUGUUGCUUGGCCCCUGACUGGGUUUUUUAGCAUAGCUGGGACCUUUCUGUUACCAUUGUUUCCUAUGGAAAUGAUAGUUUACUCUAACAUGGCCUGACGUGAGAUAUUGUUAGAGGCUCACAGUUUAUUUACAUCACCACUUCAAAAACACAUCCUUUCAAAAGCAGACAAAAGCCAGUGUUCUGAAAUUUCUUCUGGCCAAGAUAUUAAUGCAAAACAAUCAGAAUACAACACAGAUGCCUUCACCAGAAAUGCAAAAUUAGUUUUGGCCAUGAUAUACAGUUUUCUUGGCAUCUCUCAGUGUUUUGUUCCUAGUGUAUGGUUGAACAUUGUUUAGAUUUUUUUCUAAAGUAGUCAUAUUGAACACAUCUAUCUUUUCUGGGCGUUUUAUGUGGUUUGGGGUAUAUUUAAGUUUAAAUCUAGUCAAAUGUAACUCUAUAGUAACAGGAUGUGUGCAUUCUCUUGUUUAUUAGAUUAUGAACCAUCAACAAAACUUCAUAUGCAAAUCCAUUAUUUUGUGUUCUGUUUUGUGCUUGUUUAAGUUAAGCUUUUGUAUAUAUGAUAAAAAGAUAAAUGUUGGAUUUAUAAAAGAUAGUAUCUUUGAAAGUUCAAUACUAUAUUGAACGAAAGAUCACUCUAGCUGCAAACCUUCUUUUUAAAAAAUCUGGCAAACAUUUUUUCCUUGCCUUACAGUACACUGUCAAUAAAAGUGAGUUGCUUUAAACAAUA